AUGUCGACCAACAUCACCUGGCACCACAAUCUGACAAGAGAGGAGCGUAACUCUUUGACCGGCCAAAAGGGCGCCACUUUAUGGCUCACCGGACUCAGUGCUUCCGGAAAAAGUACCAUCGCAUGUGGCUUGGAGAGACUUUUGUUGACCAAGAAGAUCAAUGCCUACAGACUUGAUGGUGACAACGUCCGUUUUGGUCUGAACAAGGACCUUGGGUUCAGCGAGAAGGACCGUGCCGAGAACAUCCGUCGUAUUUCGGAGGUUUCCAAGCUGUUUGCCGAUUCUUCAGCUAUUGCUAUUACCUCUUUCAUUUCUCCAUACAAAGUUGACAGAGCUCAGGCCAGAAAACUGCACGAGGAGGCCGGUCUCCCGUUUGUUGAGGUGUACGUUGACGUUCCUCUAGAGGUUGCUGAGCAAAGAGAUCCAAAGGGACUCUACAAGAAGGCCAGAGAAGGACUGAUCAAGAACUUUACCGGAAUCGACGACCCAUACGAGGCCCCAGAGUCUCCAGAAAUCCACCUGGACACAAGCAAGUCUGGCGUCGAGGAGUGUAUCAAGAUCAUUGCCGACUACCUUGUUGCCCACGACAUUGUGCCCAAAUAA